AUGACAUACGAGGGAGUGUUCUAUCAAGAGGAACAUGAUGACGUGGUCCGAAACAACGAGGAUGAUGACUUGGGUUAUGUUGACCUGGACCCAAACGACGACGACGCACGGAUUGAUGGUUUGCUAAUCAUGGGCAAGUCCAGCGGCUCCAGUUUCCUCAGAGGGAGGAGGAGGGAGGAGGGUGGAGGGGAUGUUGAUCCCGAGUUGUGGGGUGACUUGCCACCGGGUGCUCCGCAGGGGUGGCUGCGUGGUAAUGCCGGACUACCUACACCACCUUCUAUCGAGGAGCACAAGUGGCUCAUUGAACCUGUGGGGACAGAAAACUGGAUCCUUCGCGGAAAGGGCCGUAAACCGAACGGCCUUAUCACUGUCCUGUUGAAGGAGUUUUGGCCUGGCCUAUUCUGCCCGCGGCCAGACAGGGACCCGCAGCUGCGGGUUUUGGCCACGAGCUGGGCCCACUACGAGGCUUGCAGCAACGCGGAGUACGGGACGGCCGCUAAGGCCGUGAUCACCAAAUUUUGGCAACUCUAUAGAGUUCUUGACGAGCACAAGGCCAGAGCCGACGUGGUCUUGCUUGCGGCUGCGAAGAAGAAAGCUCGUCAGUUGCAGUACGAGGUGCGCUGGGUUGCCGUCUCGCAGUACUACCACAUCUACCUGCAACAAAAGAUGACCAAAACUCAAGCGCAGAGGCAACGACUUACCUUGAACAGGGAGCAGUUCAUGAUGGUAACUAUUACUAACUUAUCAUUGUUUCAAGCAGUCAACUAUAUGUUUCGUGCUCACAUGUCAUGCUUCCAAAAUUUGCAUAGGUUGUUCCUCGUUGGUGCUAUGGAAGGCAUGACGGAUGGGCGAGUUUGGUGGAUAGGUGGCUCGGCGACGAUGCAGAGUUUGCUGCCAAGAGCAUCAAGGCCCGGGCUAACCGUGGAAAAGACGGGACACACGGCCAAGGAAACAGGAACCACUGGGGCUUCAAGGCCAUGAAGGAGGACAAGUUGAAGAGGCCGCUCUCAGACAU